CACUGGAUUUCUGUGGUUUGUAAAUCCUAUUUUUCCUCAAGAGAUAAUAUUCAGCCUCAUGUUUCACCCCAAGCAGCUCGUACACCUCCUGGUCCUCCUAAUCCUGGUCCUGGGCCUGGUCCUGGUCCAGGGCCUGGGCCUGGGCCUGGGCCUGGGCCUGGGCCUGGUCCUGCUCCUGGUCCUGCUCCGGCUCCAGCUCCUGCUGCAGCUCAUAGACCUCCAGCUGCUCCUGGUCCUGCUCCAGUUCCUGCUCUCGUUGCUGCUCCUGGUCCUGGUCCUGGUCCGGGUCCUGGCCCUGGUCCUGCUGGUAAGUCUCUUCUUCAAGAGAGCAAUCACUGUAGUCACUGGGAUGUGGAUUCCUAGCCAGCAUCUCCCUUCACGCUGCACAGCUUCUGUAGGCAAAUACAGCAACACUUUAGUAUAACGGAAAUGGAGCAAUUCACCUAGUGCAAAGAGAAAUGG